CACAAAUAUAUACUAUUGCUACACAAGUAGACUGAGUCGAUGAGGUGCAACCCACGCAUUUCAAUAGCACAGGGACACGUGUGUUAUCUAGAAGUAUACGCAGUAUCUCUUUUCCUAACUCGUCUUUUGGUCGUUACGACGGGCGGAGUGUAAAGCAGUAAUAAUCGAAUAUCAACGCACUUUUUACCAGUAAAAGUACUGAAGUUUAUUCUUCAGGAUGGUGAAGCUGUAUGCUCUAUUGGUGCUCUAUAAAGGAGUGAACAAUGCAACUAUUCUCAAGGCAUCGUACGAUCUUCAGAGCUUCAGUUUCUUCCAGCGAGGUUCUGUGCAGGAGUUUAUGACAUUUGUCAGUAAGACUAUGGUAGAGAGGACAUCGCCAGCCGCACGACAGUCGGUGAAAGAAGGAGAGUAUAUGUUACAAGUGUAUGUCAGGGCUGAUAACUUGGCUGGAGUACUAAUUUCUGACCAUGAAUACCCUAAUCGGGUGGCGCACACACUUAUCACAAAGAUCCUUGAUGAUUUCUCUGUCAAGGUUCCCGCUAAUACUUGGCCUACAGGAAAUGAGACUAAUAUUGAUUUUCCAGUCUUACCUGAGUAUCUAGCAAGAUACCAAAAUCCUAGAGAGGCAGAUGCUUUAACAAAGAUCCAGAAUGACUUAGAUGAAACCAAAAUUAUAUUGCAUGGAACCAUUACAGCUGUACUAGAGCGAGGCGAGAAAUUGGAUGAACUUGUUGCCAAAUCUGACAGUCUGUCAUUGCACAGCAAAGCGUUUUUCAAGACUGCUCGUAAAACUAAUAGCUGCUGUAACUUCUAAGCAAUCAAGCUGUUACUGUACUGUUCAUAAUAUUCGUAAAUGAUUUAAAACCUAAAGUUAGAUUGAGUUUACUUUUACUUGAAUAGCAGUAUUCUCAAUCUUAUGUACAGUAUUCAACAAUUUCCACUACGUCGAAUUGUACAAUGAGUGACUAAUUCAAUUAUACUUACAAAAAUUAAUUUGCUAUUUCAUUUUUUAUUCCAAUUUGCUCAUAUAAAUCUGUUGCUCAUUGUACAGCAGGCUAUGAUUUAGAAAAAAUAUUAAUGAUUUAUUGGAGGUAACGCUUUUCUUCUCGACUGGGA